AUUUGUAAAGCCUGGCUCAAUUCGUUGAGAAUGCGGCCUUAGUGAGAGGAGACCCAGUGUACAUGACACCCUUUCCUGGAGCCAAACAAUGGCUGCCAGCAACAGUAGUAGAUCAUCAUCACUAUCCUAGAUCCUAUAUUGUAGAAUAUAAGGGGUGAAAAUACAGGAGAAACAGAAAGUACCUGCACUUGUCGACCUACAGAGCAAAUGAAAGAAACACAAAGCCCAAGAUAUUGGAUAUUCCCAUACCAGCCACCAAAGAAACACCCAAGAAAGAACCAGCUUCAAUGUUAACUGGCACAGAAACCAGUAUGAACACUAAACUAAAGCAAGUUAAUACCCCGUCGGUGAAAACUGAAAGCAAAAUUCCUAUUAUUACUCGUAGUGGCCGCGUCUCUCAGCCACCAAGAAAACUAAACUUAUAACAAAUCAAUACAGUGAUUCAUCAUGGGCAGAAUAAUCCCAUCAAUCAAUGUACUUGUAGCCUUAGAUAGUCCACUCUGAGGCUACCCUUUAGUUUCAAGUUAAAUUGUUGCAAGUCAGUUGGUUUAAGUAGUUUGUUAUUGUUUCUUCAUCAAGCAACAGAAUUCACUUUUACAAAUUAAAUAACUUUAAUCUUAUUUGGAACACUACAGAGAGACGAUUAACUCUAAGACGGUGAACUUUAAAAAAAUUACUUUAACAGAGAUGACAUUGAUUCAUGUUGUUUAUGCUUUAUUCAAAUGAUCUGCCCGAUACCACUAUAAGGGCUGCGCAAUGGCUAGACCAAAAUCAGUUUUUAAAGCAGAAUGUUGCUUGUGUUGUGGUACUGACCUUCGACUGCAAGAUAUUCUUAGUUCAAACUUGAAACUCGGCGUUAGUCACUUUGCUUCUUGUCUCGUCUGCAUGAGAUAAGGUAAGCGCAAGGUGGGAAAGGCAGCUCCAGGCAGCACAGAGACUUGUGACUUCCAAAUAUGGAAGUGCCCCAGGCAAAAUUUUGCUGAAGAAUGCCUCCAGGUUGACGGUAGUGGCUAGAGCCAGUUUUGCUGAUAUGGGUUAUAUAUGAAAUCAAGAUUGAGCUGGCAAAACUGAAAUCUAGAACCUAGGGUAACUACUGGGGAUAGAUGGGCAGAUAUGGACCUGUUUGCACAUAUUAAUUAUCUGGAAUUAAAGGCUGCCUUCUUAGGUUUAUGCUCCCUGUGCAAAAAUGAACAAGAUACUUACAUCCUUUUACAAAUGGAUAAUACCACAGCUGUAGCCUACAUACAAAACAUGGGUGGAAAUAACUCUCUUUUUAUUAGCAAAUUAGCAAGAUAUAUUUGGUUUUGGUGCAAGUCUAAAAAUAUCUGGCUAACCGCAACACACAUUCCUGGUAGUGAAAAUAGGGAAACUGAUCAAACAAGUAGGAAGUUUGAUGGUAGACAUGAGUGGAAACUGGACAGCCUUAAUCACACAAGUACUCAAGAAACUGAAGGAAGACCAGGCCAAAGCCAUCCUGAUAGAUCCAGCUUGGCCCAUUCAGCCAUGGUGGCCAAAAAUCCGUCAGCUCCAACCAGUGGAGCUCCCACACAGACAGUCACUACUCGCCCUCCCAUCCAGCCCGGACCUGACUCACCCACUAUGGCCCAAGUUACGGAUGAUGGCCUUUCUCUUGUCAAGAAACACAGGUAGAACACAAGAAAUUAUUAUGUA